AUGUUUUGUAGGUUAGGUUAUCGUUCUGUUUUGUUAAUAUUUGAUGAAAAAUUAUAAAUUGAUAUACAUAGUUAUAUUUCUUUGUUUAAAAAUGGAGUUAAUGGAAUUCACAGAUACGAAAUGUACACCUGAUAUAAUUCAUACUUAUUCAUCUUCAUUAAAAAACAAUUCUGUACCGCUUGUAAUAGAUAAUGGAUCAUAUAUAUGUAGAGUAGGAUGGUCAGUAAACGAAUCUCCUUUGCUACAAUUUAGGAACCUAAUAGCCAAGCCACGAAAAGAGAGAUUGAAAAAAGAUACUAUAGAAGUUCCUCAAACACCACAAUUACAAAUAGGGAAUGAUAUUGUAAAUAUUGAAACCAUGAGAUUUCAACUAAAAACACAAUUUGAUAGAAACGUAGUGACACAUUUUGAAGCUCAAGAGCAUUUGUUUGAUUAUACUUUUACUCAUUUAGGUAUAGAUACAGAAAAUUGUGUUAAUCAUCCACUGAUUUUGACAGAGGCAUUUUUAAAUCCUAACAGUUCGAGACAAUUAAUGUCAGAGUUAUUAUUUGAAUGCUAUGGAAUUCCUGGUGUAUCGUAUGGGGUGGACUCUCUAUUUUCUUACCAUUAUGCCCAACCUAAGCCAUUAGAAAAUGCUUUGAUCGUUAGUUUGGGAUAUCAAACAUGUCAUGUUAUCCCUAUUAUUAAUAAUCAAACAGAUUUUGAAAAUACAAGAAGACUAAAUAUUGGUGGAUGGAGUAUUAUUACUUUUCUUCACAGAAUAUUACAACUUAAAUACCCAGCACAUGCAACUGCAAUUACUUUGAGUAGGGUUGAAGAACUACUUCAUACAAUAUGUGCAAUUGCUCCAGAUUAUAAGGAAGAAUUGAUGAGAUGGACCAAUAAUGAUUAUUAUGAACAGAAUAUCAAAAAAAUUCAGCUACCUUAUACCUCAGCAAGCAAUGCUUUAACUUUGGAACAACAGAAAGAACGCAAACGAGAACUAGCCAGACGCCUGACAGAGAUAAACGCUAGAAAACGGGAAGAACGAUUAGCCGAAGACCAAGAAAAAUUAAGACAACUCUUAGAAGUCCAAGAAAUUAUCGAUUUUGGUGCAGAAAAAGAUGAAGUUGAACAAAUCUUAACAGAAUUUGAACUAAAAAAUGUACAAGAAUUACAAAAAGCUAUUGGAAAUCUUAAUAUUAGAAUAGAAAAAACUAAACAAAAAAUAUUGGCUGCUAGUAAUAUUGAAGAAAUAGAAGAACCUCCUGUCAAACAAGCUAAAUAUUCGAAAAUGGUUUUCGAAAGUGAUUCAGCUCUACAUUCGUUUUUAGAUAAUGCUAAAAAGAUGAGACAAGAAAUUGUUACCCGAAAACUAGUUAGGAAGCAAAGAAAACAAGACAUUUUUAAAAGGAGAACAGCUGCUGGACAAGAAAGGAUGAGGAUAAUAUCACAAUUGGCCAGAAAAGAAAAGGGCAAUGAUGAUUUUGGUCUUAGAGAUGAAGAUUGGGAUAUUUACAAAACUAUCAGCAAAGAUGGUGGUGAUUCCGACAGCGAAACGGAAAAUGAAAAACUAAUGGAGUUAGAAGAAAUUUUAAGAAUACACGAUCCCUCACAAUUUGAAGAAGGUGUAAAUUUAGGUGAAAUGCACCAACUUCAUGUAGGUAUUGAGAUGUAUAGAGCUCCUGAACUUAUAUUUAAACCAUAUAUGUCUGGUUCAUCAGAAGCAGGACUGUCAGAAGUAAUAGGAUACGUUUUAUCUCUUUGCAAACCUGAAGAUCAACUAAAACUUGCCUCAAAUGUAAUAGUUACAGGAGGUUUAGCUAAUCUUCCUGGUUUGCGAGAGAGACUUCUAAAAGACUUAAUUUCUAUUAGACCUUUUAAGUCGGAGGUUAAUAUAUGUAUAAUGGAAAAUUGCAAUUUAACAUCUUGGUAUGGAGCUAGGGAGUUUACAAGAAAAGGUGAUUAUUCCAAAUAUUUGCUAACAAAGAAUGUUUAUGAGGAAUGUGGCCAUGAAUACUUCAAGGAACAUUUGGCUUCUAAUGUUUAUUACCCAACACCUAAAGAGAUUACAAUUGAUGUAGAUACUUAAAUUAUUAAAGUGUAGUAAUAUAUGUAUGUAGCUGUAAUGUUAAGAAUAAUUUUAAACCUUCACAUAAUAAAUUCAAAAUGUACUUUUAUAACUUCCUAUUUUGUUGAUUUUUUAUAAUAAU